AUGAGCUCUAUUGAUGUCGACACUAUUCCACCCCCGGGGGCUUGGGACAGCCACGUUCACAUUGUGGACGAAGAUCAAUUCCCGCUGCACCCACUCCAUCCCUUCCGGCCUAAGAAAGCGCUGUUGUCUAGCCUGCAGGCUUUUCACCGCAGCUUGGGUAUUCAGCAUGCAUGCCUGAUUGCAUUCUCCGUCUAUCAUACAGACUACAGCUCCAUUUUGGAUGCUCUCUCACGUCUUGAUAAAGGCCGCGCAGUUGUUUGUAUUGACCCAAGCACCAUAUCGGACGAGGAGCUGCAACAGCUGCACGAUGCUGGUGUACGUGGCAUCCGCAUUAAUAUGCGCACCCGGGGUGACCCGCUGAACAAGGCUGCAGUGAUAGCAGCGGCUGACCGUGUGCGGCCUUUUGGAUGGGUCAUCCAGGUGUACAUCGCCUUGGAGCAGAUUGUCGAGUUUGCGCCCCUGGUGCCACAAAUCGGCCUCCCAGUUGUCAUUGACCACAUUGGGGCGCCAGACCAGGCUCGUGGGCCUGGCAGGCUGCAACCGGGGUACACCGAAUUGAUCGAUCUGCUCCAUACGGGGCAGGUAUGGACCAAACUGAGCGGCACAUAUCGUUUUCCCAAUCUACCCGAUCUCGACGAGUACGUGGCCGACAUAUUGAGGACGGCACCAGACCAAGUCGUCUGGGCGAGUGACUGGCCGCACAGCGGGGGCGUUGAGGCCAACCCGGGAGGAGAUCGCAAGAAGGUGCAAGAAUACCGGAAGGUUGACGAUGCAGCCUUCAUAGCUAGAUGUAGAAAGUGGUGCCGAGAUGUCGAAGGCGGAACUGGAGAACAACUAGCCCGCAAGAUAUGGGUAGAGAACCCAAGAAAGCUGUGGCAGUGGGAUGACGAUGAAUGA